GAGGCGGCGCCUCUCUCCGCCCGACCCCUCCCCCCCAUCUGUCGGCGGCCCCCUUAUCCCGGGAGGCAGCCGAGCCCGGCGGGCUGUCCCGGGGAGCCGGCGCCCGGAUCCCCGCAGCCGAGGCCGACAGCGGGCCGGCAGAGCCAGCUCCGACCGCCCCAUGGCCCCGGGGGGCUAGCGUCUGAGCCCCAGCAUGGGCGGCCUGUACUCGGAGUACCUCAGCCCCAGCAAGGUCCAGGAGCAUUACAACUACACCAAGGAGACGCUGGACACCCGAGACUCGCCCUCCCGCCAGGCCGCCUCGGCCCUCAUCAUCCUCCUCUGUGUUGCCAUCGUCCUGGAGAACUUUCUGGUCCUGGUGGCCGUGGCUCGGAACAGCAAGUUCCACUCAGCCAUGUACCUCUUCCUGGGCAACCUGGCCGCCUCGGAUCUCCUGGCUGGUGUGGCUUUUGUGGCCAACACCCUCCUGUCAGGGCCUGUGACCCUAGGCCUGACGCCUGUGCAGUGGUUUGCCCGGGAGGGCUCGGCCUUCAUCACCCUGUCUGCCUCUGUCUUCAGCCUCCUGGCCAUUGCCAUUGAACGUCACGUGGCCAUUGCCAAGGUCAAGCUGUAUGGGAGUGACAAGAGCUGUCGCAUGCUUCUCCUGAUCGGGGCAUCCUGGCUUAUCUCUCUGGCCCUCGGAGGGUUGCCCAUCCUGGGCUGGAACUGCCUCGGUCGCUUGGAGGCCUGCUCCACGGUGCUGCCCCUUUACGCCAAGCCUUACGUCCUCUGCGUGGUCACUAUCUUCUCCGUCAUCCUGUUGGCCAUUGUGGCCUUGUACGUCCGCAUCUACUGCGUCGUCCGUUCCAGCCACGCUGACGUGGCCGGCCCCCAGACUCUGGCCUUGCUCAAGACGGUCACCAUCGUACUGGGGGUCUUCAUUGUCUGCUGGCUGCCUGCCUUCAGCAUCCUCUUGUUGGACUACGCCUGUCCCGUCCGCUCCUGCCCCAUCCUCUACAAAGCUCACUACUUCUUUGCCUUUGCUACUCUCAACUCGCUGCUGAACCCCGUUAUCUACACCUGGCGGAGCCGGGAACUGAGACGGGAGGUCCUGAGGCCCCUGCUCUGCUGGCCCCGGGCGGUGGGACAGGGGAGGCGGCGGAGAGAGGAUGGGACCCCCGGCCAUCGCCUGCUGCCCCUCCGCAGUUCCAGCUCACUGGAGCGGGGGACGCACAUGCCCACGUCACCCACCUACCUGGAGGGCAAUACCGUGGUGUGAUGGGCAAAGGGCAGAGGAGGUGUGUGUGUGUGGGGGGGACUCCAGAGAGGAGACAGAGACUGCGGGGGACCUAGGAUGGAGAAGAGGGACUUUUGGGUGCCAUCUUGAGUUCUGCAGGCAUGGGGGAAGUUGACAGUUAGACCUGAGUGAAAUUGACAGACAAAUGAGUGAAAUUGACAGACGUAAGUGAAAUUGACAGACAAAUGAGUGAAAUUGACAGACAGAUGAGUGAAAUUGACACACAAAUGGGUGAAAUUGACAGACAAAUGAGUGAAAUUGACGCACAAAUGAGUGAAAUUGAUAGACAGAUGAGUGAAAUUGACAGACAAAUGAGUGAAAUUGAUAGACAAAUGAGUGAAAUUGACGGACAAAUGAGUGAAAUUGAUAGACAGAUGAGUGAAAUUGACAGAUGAGUGAAAUUGACAGACAAAUGAGUGAAAUUGAUAGACAAAUGAGUGAAAUUGACGGACAAAUGAGUGAAAUUGACAGGCAAAUGAGUGAAAUUGACGGACCUGAGUGAAAUUGACAGCCAGGCCUGAGUGAAAUGGCAGACAAAUAAGUGAAAUUGACAGUCAGGCCUGAGUGAAAUUGACUUCCAGGCCUGAGUGAACUUGACAGCCAGACUUGAGUCAACUUGACAGCCAGACUUGAGUGAACCCGACGCUCAACCCUGAUUGAAAUGAACAGGGAGACUUGAGUAAAACAGGGGGCAGAGCAGGUUCCUGGCAUGAUCUGGGUAACCCCUGCCGAGCUGGAUCCUGGGGUCUCUAGAAUUUACGGGGAGAGGGAGCAGACAGGUGCUUCUCCAAGGAGAAGCAGCUCCUUGACUGAAGCAACUUAAACCUCCCACCCACCCAUCCAGCGUGAUGGAUUGCGACAUACCCAGCCUUCCUGGUUCUCCGCCCUGCACCAGACAAUCCUCUAGAAGACGAACCGCUUCCCUCUUCCAACUUUCUGCCUGUUUCUUGGAAUCAGGGACUGGGGUGGGGGUGCCCCCUGACUCUUCCUUUGUCCUCCCUGGCAAGCCUAACGGACAGUGUGCCAGGACCCAACUUCCCUAAAUGUCACCAGUUGCUACGUUGGCGUCUUCCUGUUUCCCAGCAGAUGCCAGGAAACCACAGGAUGGUGGUGUUGGGUUGGGGUGGGGGGGGACAGACUGAACCCCAUUCUCAGACCUCAUUGCACUAAUGUCGGGUAUAAAAGAAUCGGAUCAGCAAGGGCUGGAGAAAAAAAAAAAAAGUUUAGUGGACCCGUGCAGGGGGUGGGGUGCUUGGACCUCUGGGGUGGAAGGGGACAGAGUGGCUCUUGAUAGCAAGCACUCUGGAAGGGCGCUGUGCCCCCUCCCUGCAAUGCAAUCACCCCCACUCCCCCAUCCUAUAGACGGCAUCCACCUCCAGCCCUACAAAGGAGGGGGGGACAGUUUGAGGUCCCCGUGUCUCUUUUCAAAUUGUGUUGAAAACUGGGGCACAGGGUGGGCUGGUGGGGAGCUUCCAGGAUAAUCUUGGGGUGCUGUCUCCCCACUGGGCCCAAAAGGAUGUGUCUGUGGGCCGUCUGUUGGGAAUAAUGCGGUACGAAUAUUUAUGUCUGUUUGUCCAUAUCUGCGCGUGCGUGCGUGCGUGUGCGUGCGCGUGUGUGUGUGUGUGUGUGUGAUGCCUGUGACCUCACUGCCCAUGUGUCUGGCCCCUCCCAGCACAAAUGCUAUUCUGCCAAAGAAGGGGAGGUCCCGCCCCUGCCCCAACAAAGAAACUUCGAAUUGCUAGUGUACCCCACCAUGGGGCGGGGUUUAUAGAACCUCAUUCUAUAAACUUUUUCUUUUGUGACUGCAAAAAUUCGGGGGACAGCCAGGGUGGGGGCUUGUCUCUGCCCCCCUCCUCAGCACACAGGUCCCCACGUGGCCUCCCCUCUCCUCCCCAACAAUAUCUGGGACCCAGACCAAGGGCAAUAAAAUGGUUCAGUUUCUCUGGA